AUUAUCUUCUUCUUGGGGUUUUUGGUAUUUCUGAUAAACCCUAACCAUAUCAACAUCUCGAGCAUUCAUUGCUCUGCUCGAACCACGGAAGGUCAGUGUAUCGCCUUCUUCUCUCUUUGUUUCUCUUCUACUGCUUUAUAAAACAUACUAAUUGCUAGCUUUGCUAUCUAAAUUCUGCGUAAAACCUUCUUGUUUUCAUGUUUUAUAAUCUGUUCCUUUGAUAAUUCUACCAAGAAUUGGGACUCCUCAUGGAACCCAAAUUUCUUCUUUCCUCAACAUCAAGACCCUUUGCUCCAAAUGGAGCUUUUACUUUUUCCGUUUCCCAUAAAUCAUCUUUUAUUCAGAAAACUAGAAUUCGUCCAGUGACCCAUCUGGCUAUAUCAGCUGAGCAUUUUGGAAAGACACAAGUUUUCGGCAAAAGUUUAUCUUUUGGAGUGAAGAAUGAAUCUUUAUGUAAUUUAAGGAGAACCCAUUUAGAAAAGACUCCAUUUUUGGGCAAAAGUCUAUCUUUUAGAGAAAAGAAUAAACUUUUAUGUAAUUUAAGGAAAACCCAGGUGCCCAAUUUUUCAAUUAGAGCAGCUGGUACUGUGAAGAGAAGGAAAGAGCUUCCUUUUGAUAAUGUGAUUCAAAGGGAUAAGAAGCUGAAAUUGGUGAUGAAGAUUAGGAAGAUUCUAGUGAGUCAGCCUGAUAGGAUUAUGUCGCUUCGUGAAUUGGGUAGGUAUAGAAGAGCAUUGGGUCUGGAGAAGAAAAGGAGAUUUAUCGCUUUAUUGAAGAAAUUUCCUGGAGUGUUUGAGAUUGCGGAAGAAGGGGCUUACUCACUUAAGUUCAAAAUGACUCCUGAGGCGGAGAGGCUUUACUUGGAAGAAAUGAAGAUUAGGAAUGAAAUGGAGGAUUUGUUGGUUAUCAAGUUGAGGAAACUAUUGAUGAUGUCUUUGGACAAACGGAUUCUGCUGGAGAAGAUUGGACAUCUGAAGACUGACUUAGGGCUUCCAUUGGAAUUCCAGGAUACAAUCUGCAGGCGAUAUCCACAAUACUUCAAGGUAGUUCCAACUGGACGAGGGCCGGCACUGGAGUUGACUCACUGGGACCCUGAGCUUGCUGUGUCUGCUGCACAGAUCGCGGAAGAGGAGAAUAGGCAAAGAGAGUUGGAAGAGAAGGAUUUGAUCAUCGAUAGACCACCAAGGUUCAAUAGGGUGAAGUUGCCUAAGGGUCUUAAACUUUCAAAGGGUGAGAUGAGGAAGAUUAGUCAGUUUAGAGAUAUGCCUUACAUUUCUCCUUAUGAGGAUUUCUCUGAAAUAAGGCCUGGUACUGCGGAGAAAGAAAAACACGCAUGUGGUGUGGUUCAUGAACUUCUGAGCCUCACAGUCGAGAAAAGGACUCUUGUUGAUCACCUUACUCAUUUUAGGGAAGAAUUUAGAUUCUCUCAACAGCUAAGAGGCAUGCUGAUAAGGCAUCCUGAUAUGUUUUAUGUCUCUUUGAAAGGGGAGCGAGACUCAGUUUUUCUCCGUGAAGCUUAUCAGGAUUCACACUUGAUAGAAAAGAACAGGCUAUUGCUCAUCAAAGAAAAGCUUCGCUCCCUGGUUUCCAUUUCAAGAUCCCGGAAAAUCACCCCACAAACUGAUUCUGAUGAAACAGAAAAAAUUGAGUCCAAAUAUGGAACUGAUGCUGAGGAAGGUGAAGAUUGGUCCGACAUUGAUAACUUAGGGAGUGAUGGAUUAGAUGAAGAUUCUGAUGAUGACUGGAGUGAUGAUGGUGAUGAUAUACCUCCAGACUUCAGUGAUGAUGAAGGUACUGUUAACCUUGAAGAUAGCAAACUGACUACACAAGUUAAUGGUGCAAAGAAGAAGGGAGUAACGGUUCUGGACCCUGUUUUUCCAGAUGGCCGGCCUCGUGAACGCUGGUGACAAAUAUAAGUUUGUGCUUGAGAUUAUUUCAUGCAUAAAAGACACGGAUAAAAGAUCUUAAGUUACAACUUCUGCUAUAAGCCUAUGACAUUCUCACAAGGUUUGAAGUCCCAGGGUAAAAGGUUCUUCCAUUCUUUUGACACCCUGCGUGCACAUUAUUUUCUCUUACUAGGCCUUGGCUUAGCAUCUUUGCAUCAGAUUUAUGGUUCAAUGUUGUUGUUAAGUUAAAUAUCUUUUAGAUUACACAGCUCGUAUAAACUUCUGCUGGAAGUGGCAUGUGAAUUCUUAGUUCUGUACUAAUUGAGGCACUAAAGCUUCAUAUGUUAGAUUGUUUGCCUGAUUGUAAAGUGUAGCUUUACAUAAUACAACAUGGUGUUCAUGAA